GCAAACAGCAGGAUGGGGCUGUGGAGAAUAACCAGAAUAAAGCUAAGAAGCAAGAUGGGGCGGUUGCCAUGGAGAUGCAACCACUGAAGAGCGCUGAGGGUGGGGAGAUGGAGGAGCGAGAGAAGAAGAAAGCCAAUGGCCCCAAAAAGGAAAAGUCUGUGCUUCAGGGGAAACUCACCAAGCUGGCCGUGCAAAUUGGAAAAGCAGGUUUGGUGAUGUCCGCAUUCACUGUCGUCAUCCUGGUCAUCUACUUCGUCAUCCACAACUUUGUCAUCGGUGGCCGGGCCUGGCUCUCCAAUUGCACCCCCGUCUACGUGCAAUACUUUGUUAAGUUCUUCAUCAUCGGAGUCACUGUCUUAGUUGUUGCUGUUCCUGAAGGCCUGCCACUGGCUGUUACCAUCUCCCUUGCAUACUCAGUCAAGAAAAUGAUGAAAGAUAACAACCUCGUCCGCCACCUGGAUGCCUGUGAGACCAUGGGCAAUGCUACAGCUAUCUGCUCGGACAAGACAGGAACACUCACCACCAACCGUAUGACGGUUGUUCAGUCCUAUGUGGGUGACACACACUACAAAGAGAUCCCCGACCCCAACAAACUGAACCCCAAAAUCCUGGAUCUCCUUGUCCAUGCCAUUUCCAUCAAUAGUGCCUACACCACCAAAGUGCUACCUCCAGAGAAGGAAGGAGCCCUCCCACGCCAGGUCGGCAAUAAAACAGAGUGUGCCCUGCUGGGUUUUGUCCUGGACUUGAAACAGGACUUCCAGCCAGUGCGGGACCAGAUCCCCGAGCAGAAGCUUUAUAAGGUUUAUACCUUCAACUCUGUCCGCAAGUCAAUGAGCACUGUCAUCUGCAUGCCCGAUGGUGGCUUCCGACUGUUCAGCAAAGGAGCUUCAGAAAUCCUUCUCAAAAAAUGCACCAAUAUCUUAAACAGCAAGGGAGAACUCCGCAGCUUCCGUCCUCGGGACAGGGAUGAGAUGGUGAAGAAGAUCAUUGAGCCAAUGGCCUGUGAUGGCUUACGUACCAUCUGCAUUGCCUACCGGGACUUUUCUGCAGGCCAGGAGCCCGAAUGGGACAAUGAGACAGAGAUUGUGGGAGAACUCACCUGCAUUGCUGUUGUGGGCAUCGAAGAUCCUGUCCGACCUGAGGUUCCUGAAGCCAUCCGCAAGUGUCAGCGUGCCGGCAUCACAGUGCGUAUGGUGACUGGAGACAACAUCAACACAGCCCGCGCCAUUGCAGCAAAGUGCGGUAUCAUCCAACCCGGGGAAGACUUCCUGUGCCUAGAAGGGAAGGAAUUCAACCGCCGCAUUCGCAACGAGAAGGGAGAGAUCGAACAAGAUCGCCUAGAUAAAGUCUGGCCCAAGCUGAGGGUCCUAGCUCGGUCUUCUCCCACUGACAAACACACCCUGGUGAAAGGGAUUAUCGACAGUACCAUUGGGGAGCAGCGGCAAGUUGUGGCUGUGACUGGAGAUGGGACCAACGAUGGGCCUGCCCUGAAGAAAGCGGAUGUGGGCUUUGCCAUGGGGAUCGCAGGAACAGAUGUGGCCAAGGAGGCUUCAGACAUCAUCCUAACCGAUGACAACUUCUCCAGCAUUGUCAAGGCAGUGAUGUGGGGCCGAAAUGUUUAUGACAGCAUCUCUAAGUUCCUGCAGUUCCAACUGACAGUCAACGUGGUUGCUGUGAUCGUGGCCUUCACAGGCGCCUGUAUCACACAGGACUCCCCUCUCAAAGCAGUCCAGAUGCUGUGGGUGAAUCUCAUCAUGGACACGUUCGCUUCGCUGGCACUGGCAACAGAACCACCCACUGAGUCCCUCCUCCUGCGAAAGCCAUAUGGUCGAGACAAGCCCCUCAUCUCCCGUACAAUGAUGAAGAAUAUUCUGGGCCAUGCCAUCUAUCAGCUCACAGUCAUCUUCACCCUGCUGUUUGCGGGUGAGGUCAUAUUUGACAUCGACAGCGGCCGGAAUGCCCCUCUGCACUCUCCACCCUCAGAGCAUUACACCAUCAUCUUCAAUACUUUCGUUCUGAUGCAACUCUGCAAUGAAAUCAAUGCCCGGAAGAUCCAUGGCGAGAGGAAUGUCUUCGAAGGCAUUUUCAGCAAUCCCAUCUUUUGUUCCAUCGUCCUGGGCACCUUUGGCAUUCAAAUUGUGAUUGUACAAUUUGGUGGGAAGCCCUUCAGCUGUGCCCCUUUGACUGUAGAACAGUGGCUCUGGUGCCUGUUCAUUGGUAUCGGGGAACUCGUCUGGGGACAGGUCAUUGCCACCAUCCCUACCAGCCAGCUGAAGUUCCUGAAAGAGGCAGGGCAUGGGCCAGGAAAAGAUGAGAUCACUGAUGAGGAGAUGGCAGAAGAUGAGGAAGAGAUUGACCACGCUGAGAGAGAACUCCGCCGUGGCCAGAUCCUCUGGUUCCGAGGCCUUAACAGGAUCCAGACUCAGAUGGAGGUAGUGAGUACCUUCAAGAGAAGCGGUUCAUUUCAGGGUGCCGUGCGCCGACGUUCUUCGGUCCUCAGCCAACUCCAUGACGUAACCAAUAUUUCUACCCCUACUCACGUAAUUCUCUCUGCUGCCAAUCCCACCAGCGCUGCUGGGAGUGAGUCUUGAUUUCCCUUUUCUGAUCAUCUUUAAGCAAAAAAAAAAACUAUAUAAAUAUAUAUAUAUAUAUAUAUCAA